AUGUCGAAACAAUUUGUACGCUCUGCCAAGAAUGCUUUUAAGGGCUAUUCAUCAGCUCAAGUAUUAGUUCGUGAUGCUACAUCAAAUGAUAUGAGAUCGACAAAUAUUGGAUUAAUGCAAGAAAUUGCCGCUAGAACUUAUGAUUCUGUUGAAUUUUUUGAAAUUAUGGAAAUGUUAGAUAAAAGAUUAAAUGAUAAAGGUAAAUAUUGGAAACAUGUUGUUAAAUCUUUAACUGUUUUAGAUUAUCUUGUUAGAUUUGGUUCGGAAAAUUGUGUACUUUGGUGUAAAGAAAAUUUAUACAUUAUUAAGACUUUAAAAGAAUUUAGAUAUGAUGAUGAAAAUAAUAUUGAUCAAGGUCAAAUUAUUAGAGUUAAAGCAAAAGAUUUGGCAGAUUUGUUGGCUGACGAUGAAAGAUUAAGAGAUGAAAGAAGAUUGAAUCAAUCAAGAAAUUAUAAUAAUCCAAAUAGAAAUAACGAAAGAAGAAAUAGAAGUAGAGGUAAUUCACGUUCAAGAAGAUCGAAUAAUAACGACAAUAACAAUAAUAAUAACAAUAACAUGGAUGAUGAUUUAAGAAAAGCUAUUGAAGAAAGUAAAUUAACUGUUCAAGAAGAUGAAGAACGUAGAAGACAAUUAGCAUCUUACGAUGAUGAAGAUCCAGAAUUUCAAGCUGCUUUACAAUUAAGUAAAGAAGAAGAGGAAUUAAAAAAUUUACAAGAUAUGCAAAAAUUACACCAACAACAAUAUCAAUUACAACAACAACAAACAACAAAUAAUAAUAAUACAAUAAUGGCAAAUGGUUAUUUUGAUAUUUUUGGUAAUCCAAUUUCUGCAGAUGAAUAUAAUCAAUAUCAACAACAACAAAAUCUAUGGGAACAACAACAACAAGAACAACAAAGAAUUGCACAUGAACAGUAUAUGGCUCAACAACAAGAACAAGAACAACAAAAAAUUGCUCAAGAACAGUAUAUGGCCCAUCAACAACAACUACAAUUUCAACAACAGCAACAAAUGCAACAAAUGCAACAAAUGCAACAACAACAAGCUAAUGCUGCUUAUCAACAACCUUUGGUUACAGGGUCAAAUAAUCCAUUUGCUUUGGAUAAUUUAAACACACCUGUCCUGGCAAAUAAUAACAAUAUAUCAAACCAGCAACAAAAUAUUGUUCAACCUUCCUUUAAUGAUAGACCAGAUUUAACGUUAAAUCAACAGAAUAUGCAACAAACCCAAAUUCCGCCUCCACAAUCAAUGCAAAACCAAGUUUCGCCUCCUCCUCAACAACAACAACCAUUAAAACAAACAAGAACUGGUAAUGAGGAAAUUACUCAGAAAUAUAGUCAAUUGAAUACAAUGCUCGCAAAUGGAACAGGUAUUGAUACCUUUGGUAACACCGGUGAACAACGUAUCCCCGCUCAGCAUACUGCUACAGGUACAUUUAUUAAUUCUCAAGGUACCGGAUACCGCCAAGAAACAAAUGAACCAAAAAAUAAUCCAUUCUUAAAUAGUCAAUACACAGGAUUACCAAGUUCUGGUAUAGUACCUUUACAUACCGGUUAUGGGUUCGGUAACCAAGGGCCACAAGAUAACCAACCUACUCAACAACAACAACAACAACAACAAAAUCAAACUAACCAAUAUAAUCAACAACAAAACAAUUUUCCACAGCCUCCACAGUUCCAAACACAAAACCAAUAUCAACAACAAAACAACAAUGGCAGUGCUCCUGAUCAAGGUAUUAGUUUGAUUGAUCUGUAA